AGUAAACGCGUCCUUGCACAACGUGUCGACUGCACGUCGUCUAUAUAUGUCACCCCUCGCAUCCUUAUCUGGUAUUCUGAUAUCCCCACGCUACUUCAGACCUCUUCGUUGAUCCAUUUCAACUUCAAACCUGCAAAUCUCAAAUCAAAGCAUCCGGUAUUAUAAAGAAAGCAAUACUAAAUUUAAAACAAGAUGAGUGGAGGAGAUGAACAUCAAAACAAUCAGGACAAAGGGUUGAUGUCUAAUCUAGCUGGAUACGCAGCUGGAGCUGCAUUCAACAAUCAUGGUGGUAGUGGUGGUUAUCCUCCUCAGCAACAUGGAGGGUAUCCUCCCCAGCAGCAUGGUGGAGGAUACCCUCCACAAGGAGGAUAUCCGCCAUCAAGCGGCGGAUAUCCUCCUCAGGGAGGAUAUCCACCCCAAGGAUAUCCUCCCUCUGGUGGUGGAUAUCCCCCACAACAAGGUUAUCCACCCCAAGGCUAUCCGCCUGCUGGCUACCCCGGUCAAUCUGCUCCACAUAGCUCAGGAGGGCAUAAGCCUGGAAUGGGUAUGCUAGCGGGAGGAGCAGCGGCAGCUGCUGCAGCAUAUGGGGCCCACCACCUAACAUCAUCUCAUGGCCAUGGAGGUCAUACAUCAUCACAUGGCAUGAUGGGAGGCAUGGGCAUGGGACAUUUUAGUGGGGGGAAACAUGGGAAGCAUGGUGGUGGGAAGUUUAAGCAUGGAAAGCAUGGGAAGGGGAAACAUGGAAAGUUUGGAAAGCAUAAGGGAAAGUUUGGAGGAGGAUUUAAGAAAUGGAAGUAAAUAGUUUUGGUGUAUAUAUUGAUAUCAUGAUAUGAUGUUAACUCUUAUGUUUUUGGUUUGUUUGACUAAUAGUUUGGAUCUUGGUUUUUCUUUAUUUUGGUUGGGUAUUGAAAUAUUAUUAUAAUAAAGGAUUGAGAUAUUGAGAUAUUAUAAGUAAAUCUAAAAUCGUAAUGUUUGUAUAGUA